AUGAAUGACCAGACCACUGUGACCGAGUUCCUCAAACAACAAUUCCCUCAAGCUUCAGAAGAGUCUGUGACCAAGGUUGCCAAAAGUUUUGAGACAGAGUUCAUUUUUGUUCUUGGGGACUGUAAAGGAUACACAGCUACAGAAUUAAACAACCUGGGCAUUCCUUCGAAUGUAUUAAAAGCAUUAGAAAAAAAUGGGUUUCUGAAGUCUCAAGGAACAAGUUUGAAACGAAAAGCCUCAGAAAUUGCGGAAGAAGAACACCGAACCUUUAAAAAGCUUGGACAAGCCUUCGACGCCUAUCCAUCCUCUCUCGAGGAGCUUAAGGAGCUUCUCAAGACGCCACCUAUCGCUGAAAUUCCUGUGAGAUCCCAUCUUUUGCCUCGUGACGCAACGUUUCUUAAAGGCUACGUGAUCCCGCGUGAAGAAACAAACGAGCUUGACUAUCCACAAUUAAGUCUUUUAUUCGAUAAUGCAAUCGAAGCAUCUACACCGUCAGGCACAGAAAACAAUAGAAUUUCAACAUGGGAUACUCUUAUCAAACACCCAUUGCAGUGCUUUUCGAGAUAUCUGGAAAUUAACCUUCGUUUCGACCGCAAUUCGAAAGAUCAGUCAACUGCAACUGUCGCCAACAAGAGACCAGAUUUCAUGUGCUGGAUGGAAUCUACAUUGAUCCUGAAAGGAGAAGAAAAAAGAUUCGACGAAGAGUUUAAUCAGGCAGAAAGUGAACUUCGCACUAAAAUGUCAGAGUGGAGCCCACUAUUUUUUGGCGAAUUAGACUACAUUUUUGCAUUCGCUGCUGCGGGAAAAUAUCUUCGGUUGUUCCAGCUUUUACACGAUUACCAAACGUGGCAACCUCGAGAUCCUCAGUAUCAAGUUCGACCUGGGGAGCGGAUUCCUUCUACUAUACCAUUGUAUGGUAGUAUCAUGCGACCAACUUCAGAGAUUACAUUUCUCCCUGACGGAGUCCACAAGAAAAUCCAGAAUUUUGGAACGCUAUUUAAGUAUUCCAAGAUUGGGGACUUGAAAAAUAUAUACCGAGCGACCAAGCGUGAGACACAUAUAAUCCAUCAAGUGAAGCCGCCAAAACUCAGUGGGACGACAUACACCAUUACACUCCAUCCGCUGGGUUUUCAUCAGCGUCCACGUUCUUUGCAAAUGUUGAAAGAAGCUAUGAAAUCAGUGCUCACAGGCUUGAAUUCUCUGCACACCCGAGGCUAUGUGCACCGGGAUAUUCGUUGGGAAAAUGUGCUGCGAAGGAGGGAGGAGGAGGGAGGAGGUUGGAUGAUAAUUGAUUUAGAACAUGCUGGCCGGCCCGGACCUGUAAACUACAGGCUCCAGUCUUGGCCUCCGGGAGUUGGUGGGGAAGAAACAGGUUCGCAGCCGUACACUAAUGCCUGCGACGUGUAUCUUGUUGGUAAGCUCAUGGUGGACUGCUCUAAUGUGAUUUUGGAUUCGAGCGGUGAGAACUUCUCGCAGAGACUUUUAUCAGCAGUUGGCACAGACAUCUCAGCGGGAGAUGUACUCAGUGAUACAUGGUUACAAUAA